GGACAUGAAAGCACCAGACAGAACACACAGACACUUUUUAUUCCAGGUUGCUGUCUCAUUGUGAAGAAGUUGAGCGUGUGGACUGAAUGUAAACCGAGAACGAUGGGAGCGACGUGGAUCUCGUGGAGAACAACUACAACCGUGUUCAUCACUCUUUUACAAAUCAAAGCUCUGAUCAGUGUCCAGACUACAGUUACCGGUGUGGAAGGCCAGACGGUUGAAUUCAAAUGUGAAUAUGAAGAUGGCCAUAAGAGCAAAGUUAAAUACUUCUGCAAGGACAAUGAUACGAUCCUGAUACAGACAGAAAAAGAUGUCCAGUCGGUGAGAAAUGGACGUUUUUCUCUUUUCGACAACACCACCGGAUCCUUCUUCAUCGUGAGGCUGGACAAACUCACCUCAAGGGACAGUGGGACGUACAGGUGUGGGGUGGACUCACUGCUGAUCAUAGAGCUGAAAGUUUCCCAAGCACACUUUCUCAAACAACACGUUCCUGUAUCAACCAUACAACCAAAUCACCGUAAAGUGGACAAGUUCCACCUGCCGCUGUUUGUGACUGCAGCUAUGUGUAUGGCAGCGUUGCUGUUUAUAUGUCUGUUUACACUUUGUCUUCGCCUGGCUGUUAAACACCAAAGAUCCAGCCCACGCCAAAAGAGAGAGGAGUCAUCUGACUACGAGACAAUGGUGCCUGGUGUAAGAACUGACUCGGAUGUCCGCUGCAGCUUUUCUACUCCAGGCUUGGAUGAUCUUUCAGCUCUACCACCGCCAUCACCUGACCUCUGCUCCCAUUUCACAUCAAGGAAUCGCGAGUCCACUGUCACUCUCGGCCUCUGUGAUUAUGUGGAUGUUGAUGUACCAAAGCCCUUAUGCCAGUACCAAGAUCUGGAUCUCAGUCGGUUAGAGGAUCACGUCUAUCACAGCCUUCAUGGAAACAGCCAUCCUAAAGAUGGACCUCUGGGAGUCAAAAAUAUGAUUAACUCUUGAUACUGUUGAAGGAUAAUUCAAGGUUAAUGAAAACAAACUGAAAGUUACUUUUUAUUCACUUUUGUGUUGUUGUUGCUGUCUUUCCUGAACUCGCAGAGAUAUGUGAUAUGAUUACUGAUAAGUAUGAUAGCCAAACGGCAACAGUAAGGCUGUUGUAAACCAAAAUGAUCAUUGUGUAUAGAUGAAAGAAAGAGUUGAAGUGACACAAAUAAAAGAACGCAGGACUCUAAACAGAAAAUGUGUUAGGUAGGUGUGGCAGCCAAAUAAGUUGUUAUGGAGAGGGAGUUAACAAAACGGCUUGUCACUGACAUGAGAAUAAUCAGGAGUAAAGCAAGACAAAAAUAUGAUGGACACCGCUACACUUCUUACAGCCAAUGGGGAUAAAGAAACAGACAGCAGGACUACCAGCAGCUUCAGCUUUUCUACCGCUCAGUACCAGGACACCAGAAGAGAUAACUCAGAUCCAACCUGAAGGCCUAUUCUUCUCCACUCUUAGCUUCA